AUGGCACGCUACAUCCACUUUGCUCUUCUGCUUUUGUUGGUUACCAUCCUAUGCAGUUCUUGCUCCGUAUUUGCUGCUGCUGUUGAUAGUACUCCUCCCUUAUACAAGGUCAAAGUCUUAGAACCAAAGCCUAAUGCAGUGAUUCCAGUGGGUCAACAGAUUCAGCUCAAGAUCCAGUCCGCCGCGCCGCAAG